AUGGCUUUCCAACUGAUCGAGGAAACCGAUGAUCCACCAAGCCGACUUCUCUCGUCGUUGGAUUUCCCGACGGAUCCUGAAGAGGCUGAUGUUGUCCCAGAAAAUCAUAGACCGACGCCGACUUCGUGGGACAAAUUCUUCACAACGAAAAAUAAGGAAACGUUACCGGAUUGGUGGGAGCCGGAUUUCUAUAUUUCGGCCGGAAGGUGGGCGACGAUAGAUGAGGGGAUUACUGACGAAUUAAAUAAGAACAAUACUUACAUACCGGAGGAUUGCUACGAAAUUUGGGCUGGUGUUAAAAGCCCAAGGAAAGAGAGAAAGGGGAGGAAGCCCAACAAUGGAAAAUGUAUUAUGUUUAGGGAGGGCGGAUUCAGAAUGGCAGUUGGAAGCCCAGAAGAGGAGGAUGAGUUGGGCCGUGAAGAAGUGUCUGAUGAAGAGAUAGCCCAACGGGGAAAGGGCCUGAGUGAAGAACAAAGAAGAAUACGUAGGAUGAUUCGAAGGGGAAAAAGAAGGGUGACCAAUGAAGCAAGGGGUUCCAAGGAGAAGCCAAAACGCAAGCCCAUAGUACAAGCAUGCAGGAAUUGGCCCACUAAUACAGGCCCAAAUGUGGGGAAUACUAGUGGACUCAAGGAGGAGGCUCAGAAGACCAGAGCCCAUACGGCCAUGUCACAAAAGGAGAAACGAAACCAUUCUGGGCCAAAAGAGAAAAGAGGUGUAGAUGGGCUGAUCAGAAGAAGGGCCAGACGACUUUUCACCAAAUGGGCUAGGAAAGUAAAGGGGAAGUUUCUCGAAAUAAAUACACCAAUCAACAUCGACUGGCCACUGGCGCCGUCACAAGAGGAAAGAAGAAGGAGGAAGAAAGAGGAGAGCCAGAUCGGCACCGGCAUUGAUUGGGGAUUUGGUGGGUGGCGAGUUCUGGAGGUGGCAUGA